GCCAUUCUAGCCGGCCAUUGCAGCUUCUCUGUUUUCUUUGCUACGUUGAAGAUCUCUAUCCUGCUGGUGUUUAAAGGUGUGAGUGUUGUGUAUCCCACAAAUUCUCUUUGUGUCCUAGGGUGUCUAUCCCUCAAGUUGUAUCUUGACUAUUUUCUGUCUUUGGUACUUUUCUUAUCUAUAUCUUUUUCUAUUUUCCGCUUUCUUCCUUCUUUUGAAUUUGAUGCUUCUUGUGCCUCUUUUAUUGCUGCCCUUUCUUCUGCUCUAAUGUAUCCUUCCAGCCUUCUUAAGAGAUCAUUAAGGCUGGUGGGCUCUCGUUUGUUCAGAGAUCUAUAGAAACUUGAGUCUUUGAGUCCAUCCAUUAGAGCAUGCAUUGUCAUCCUUUGGUCCAAUCUUUCUACUUGCAUAGCUUCAUUGUGAAAUCUUGCUAUGUAGGCUCUUAGUGACUCUCCUGUUUUUUGUUUAAUUGUUAAGAGAUGAUGGUUGGUCUUUCGAAGAGCUCUACUAGCAGUGAAGUGAUUGAUGAACAUAUUCGAAAAUUGAUCAAAGUAUCUCUUGGAUUCGUGCUUGAUGAAGAGGAGUUGCUCAUUCUGGCUUUGCUUCUGGAACCUGGGGUGCUUCUGCUAGGAGGCAAUGAAUUUUCUGAAUUUUCCAUGCGAUAUUCGUGGAUCAAAAAGAACUCGAGACAAAGAAAACUGAAGGACACAUCAAAGUUGUCCACCACAAAAACCUCCUCCUUACUACCUUCUGAUCUUUACCGUCACUUCUCAAUCACUGAGAUCAAAGCCACCACUCAAGAUUUUAACGAUCGGUUUUUGAUUGGAUAUGGUGGAUUCGGGAACGUUUAUAGAGGGAUUAUAGAUGGUGAGACCACCACCGUUGCAAUUAAACGGUUAAACCCUUCAUCAAGGCAAGGAUGCCACGAGUUCCACACCGAAAUCACCAUGCCCUCAAACCUUCGACAAAUGCAUCUUGUUUCUUUGAUUGGAUACUGUGAUGAUCACGGCGAGAUGAUCCUGGUAUACGAAUACAUGCCACAUGGCACACUCUGUGAACAUCUCUACAAAACUGAGAAUCGGCCGUUAUAUUGGAAACAACGGCUAGAGAUCUGCAUAGGGGCGGCGCGUUGGUUGCACUAUCUCCAUAGAGAGGCGAAGCAUAGUAUUAUCCACCGUUAUGUGAAAUCUUCGAAUACACAGUUGGACGAGAAUCACGUGGCCAAAGUGUCAGAUUUUGGUUUGUCGAAACUGGGUCCCACUAACUCAUUGGGGACCCAUGUCAGCACUGUGCUGGGUAGUGUCGGGUACUUAAGACCCAGAGUAUUAUCUCGGGCAGCAUUUGGCCGAAAAAUCUGUGUACUCUUUCGGCGUGGUCUUAUUUGCGGUGUUGUGCGCUAUGCCCCCAAUGAUCCAGGGCCUAUCGAAGGAGAAAGUGAGUGGACCAAGCUCUGUUACCUAAAUGGAACCCUUGAUCAGAUUAUCGACCCAUAUCUGACGGGCCAGAUUACACCGAUGGCCUGGCAAAAGUUCGGUGAGGUUGCUGAAAAUUGUGUACGUGCUAAAGGAGUGCAACGACCCACGAUGAGUGAUAUCGUGUGGGCCCUGGAGUUCACGUUGCAACUACAAGAAACCAUGGGUAAGAAAAUGAGCGGCAGUGAUGUGACCACCACCGACGAUGAGCUCUCUAGUGUUUCAAGUGAGAACGCGGCAAAAUCUCAACAAUCAAUGGGUGAUACUACAUGUAGCAUUACUGUAGGUCAUUUGAGCUCCGAAACCAAGAUCUUGGAGAAGGAUACAAGCAGACUGCUAUUUGGUGAUGACAAUUAAGGGAGAAAUUUAAUGUUAAAAUUGCUCUGCUCAAAUAGAGUAGAAAAGUUUUGUAUCAAAAAUCACUGUAUCUCAUGUUUUGAAGUGUUAGUUAUUAAGCUGUAUUGAUGUCUCAAUAUUUUUUAAGAUUGGCAACAAACUAAUUCUCGACUCACUUUACCCAUUUGCAUAUAUUGGUUGUUUUAUUUCGCAAAAAGAACUAACAAUGUUGUCUCUCUCUGUUUUUUUCAUUCCUACUGGCUAAAAAAGAUUGUGUAUACUCUUACCAAUAAGAACGAUUCUUGGGAGUCUGCUGUUGCAUUUUUUUUCUUCUCCUUCUCUCGUCUCUCUCUUUUGCUUUUCAUUGAUUUGUUCCUUUUUUUCCUCUAUUAAAUUUCUUUAAUCCUAUAUCUUUUUUUAUUUUAAUCCCUCGUGUUAGGGUUUCAUUCUCUUGUUUUGAGAGUGUGCCGUUGAAAUCUCUUGAGGGGCUCGAGACCUUUCCUUUUCACACAUUUGUGGAGUUGGGACUUGGGCCCUUAAUUGCUGCUCUUUACUCUUUUCUUUUGCUUGUUGAUUUCGGGGAGGCUAUAAAGAGUCGAUUGAGGC